AGUCAAUUCUCUCGACCCUGCAAGGGUUUCACUCGCAGUAGACAGGUAGCUGCUCUGCGACACUCUUUCAUCCCUGCGGUGCUCCACUCCCUCGCACUUUGUUUACGGCGCCCUCGCAGCGAGCCAUCGUUCGUCCAGCCCUUAUGAUCGGAUCGUGUAAAAGGAGCAACCUGCAGACACGAGUCGAGCGUUAAGAAGACAAGUCACGUACAACGGCCGUCAUUUCCAGGCGGCGAAGCGCUUGAAUGAAGGGAACUGUAGCAUUGUUACAUUAUCGUUUGGGAGGUAGCCUCAAGUGCUUUUACAAGUAAACUACAACUACCAUUACUACUUCAACAGUCACGACUAGUACAGCUGUUAACAGUGUAGAGCUAAUUCUAUUACCCCUUCCUGGUCUACUUUUCUGGCUUAGAGGAACAAUCUCAAGACACCAAUACUUACAAGAAACUGUUGGAGCGCUUUGGCCAACAAAGCGAUAUCUAGUCCAAAGCUGUGUCGACAUAUAACACCAGGAAAAAAUAUCCACUACGGACUUACCAUCAUCACAGUUUUACUGGCGUACCUGAAACGGGCAGAAAACCUGCGUGUGAGUGCGGGCGUGCCUGUGUGAUUGAGUGUGUGUAUGUGUAAAGGCGUUGUAUGCUUCGAUGCCUUUCUGCCCUUUCGUGAAGUUGGAAACGACCAUUAUUCCCACAGUCGGAACAUUCUGGAUGGCCAAGGUGAGCGUGGCGUCUGGGGAACGAAUUCGUAGCCUCCGAGAACUAACUGGCCCUCGAGGAGUGGUUCGCACGAUUCACAAAAACCUCGCCAUCGUCAGGUGGCCGCUAGUAGGACCUCGAGAUGCCCGUCAACAAUGGCUAUUCGCCGACAGCGUCGGGGGUGAAUGUCGUAGUGGGGUGUGAUGCGGUCAUCGACUGUGAUUCCCUAAACGAGGGCAAAUACAAAAGUCUAGGUCAUACAACACCUCUCGAACAGAUCGGCUGCUGUCCGUCCGGAUCAUCGGGUUCAUCAGGAAGCCUGAUUUCCACCAUGAGUGAUAAGGUAUUAGGAGCUGGCGCUGGUCUGAAAGAUAGCAACAAAAGGCUACCAGGUAACGAAGGAUGGCUGAUCACACUGAUACAGGUCGUUGGCCCCUUCCUAGUUGCUGGUUGUGGCUCGAUGUGCACAGGCAUCCUUUUGGAUAUCGUGAAAGACUGGGAUAACUUCAAGAUGAUCGAAAGCCUUAUGACCCUGGUUCCUACUUUGCUCGGGCUUAAAGGAAACCUUGAAAUGACGGUCACCGCACGACUUUGCACAGCCUCUAAUCUCGGCAAGUUGGAUGACCCGAAAAUACUGCUGACCUUUCUUCGGGACGACCUUCUUCUAACACAAUUCCAGGCUACGAUCGUGUCGCUUAUGGCCAGCCUUCUGACACUGGGCAUUCAGGCGAUUAAGGAUCCAUUGAGUGUCACCUGGACAGGCAGUCUUGUAGUGAUCUCAUCAUCCGUUGUGACCGCUGGCUUCGCCUGCCUGUUCCUUGGAUUGCUAAUGACUGGCGUCGUCGUUGUUAGUCGCAAGUUUCGCAUUAAUCCGGACAACGUGGCCGCACCUCUAGCGUCAUCUCUAGGCGAUAUCUCUACGCUGGCCCUGUUCGCAUACAUUUCGCUAGGGAUUUUCGCCCUCAAAGAAUAUAUAUACGUACCUGUCACGUUCAUUGUCAUUUUCAUGCUUUUAUGCCCAGUGUGGGGCUAUUUGGGCUGUCAAAGCCCAGAUGUACGUGCUCAUCUGCAACACGGUUGGCUGCCUAUAUUACUUGCCAUGUGUAUCUCGUUAGGAGCUGGCUACAUCCUCGACGCAGCAACAAGCGACCUGGCUGCAGCCCCCGCUUACGUGCCUGUAGUGAGCGGCGUUUGUGGCAAUCUUCUUGUGAUACUUAUCUGUCGAAUGACGACAGUCCUUCGGCAAAAAAGCGCACUCGGCAAAGAUAAUGGAACGGUGCCAGCUAUGCGUAGGGAUAAUCCAUUCCGCUGCGGCAACAGCAAUUUCGAAAGUCUGAACGCGACGUUCCAGCUCCUGCUCAUUCUGCCCAUAGCCGCCCACUCAAUUUUUCUGCCAAUUAUCUCGUUCGUCACGCAAGAGGUCAGCAUCACCGUUGUCUAUCUCGUAACGUUUUUGUCAUUCGUUUUCGUUCAUGCACUCAUCAUGUUGUUUCUAACUCGCGAGGUGGUGCUACAACUUUGGCGCUGGGGAAUAGAUCCAGAUGUCGCGUCAAUUCCAAUAUUGACCGCGGUAGCGGAUCUUACCGGUGGCGCAUUCACCUGCGUCAUAUUUAUAAUUUUGUAUCAACUGGAGGACUUCAGUGUAACAAAGCCGCACGACGUAUUCAAUUUGACCACGCCGCUCAUCGAGGCUCUGACCAACAUCACCGUACCAUUGCAGUACUAGACUCGUUACCUACAAUGUUGGAUACGCAGCGCAGAGACUUGUUAUCGAUUGCCAGCAGUCACGUUAAGGCUUGUUGUACGAUGAAAGCGUCGCGGGGAAUCAAUUGCCAGUAGAAAUGAUUGAUUUAAAGAUCAGACCGACACGAGAUGCGAUUGUGUCAUACUAGGUUCUUACCAUUUCUCAGUUCGAUAGGUUUAAUACAUAAAUUCACAUAUCAAUCACCCUCAAACGAACGUACAUACGCAUCACGAACAUAAUCAUAUUUUGCCUACUCUCUAUUAGGAUAUUAAUAAAUUGUAU